AUGUCCCAGCUUGGUAUUGAAUCAUGGAUUUGGUACUCGCUAGCGAUAUUCAUCACAGGAUGCCGUUAUAUCUCCCGAUCAUUAUUGUUUGGGUCGGUGUGGAAGCUCAAAAUCGAUGACUGGAUCAUGCUUUUUGCCGUUGCGACCUACACGACACUCAUCAUCACGAUGAACAUUGUGGCGACCGAGAAUUCGAAUCUUUUGCCGCCUGGCUUCGACAUUUCUGCGUUAACUCAAGACGAGGUCCGGCGAAGGCAAUAUGGAAGCAAAAUGGUUUUGGUGGUUGAGCAAAUGCAAAUCCUUACCAUCUGGACCCUGAAGACGACCCUCCUGGUGAUGUAUUAUCGUUUGACUGAGAAGUUGACCGAGAACAAGGCGGUUACUUUCCUUCUUGGCUACAUUGCCGUUGCAUUUGUGGUCAUGGAGGCCCUAUACUUCGCUAAGUGGUGUCGACCAUUCCACGACUACUGGGCAGUCCCAACUCCGAAUGCACAAUGCAGCGCCGCGACUAACCACCUAAUUACCAAUGCGGUCUUCAAUAUCAGCAGUGAUCUGAUCAUGCUGGGUAUCGGGCUCUCCUUAUUUAUACGAAGCAGAUUACCCGCCAAGCGCAAGGUGCUUCUUUGCUGUAUCUUUGGACUAGGCAUCUUUGUCAUCCUUGCCGCCAUUCUGAACAAAUAUUACUCGUUCUCGCAUCCAUUUUCCGUCGAUUGGACCUUUUGGUAUAUCCGAGAAGCGAGCACAGCAAUGUUGGUUGCCAACAUGCCCUUCAUCUGGACCCUCCUUCGACGAAUGUUCCACCUGGGUGAGUUC